AUGAAUCGUAUAAAUUUAUACAGCCUUGAUGAUGGCGGAACGUUUAAUGGCAAUUCUAUUCACUACAAGGAAGAAGAUGACACCUACUACAUUGACUGUGCUGCUGAAGGUGCCGACUUCACACUCAUAAUCGGCGAGCACGAGUAUCCCAUCAAGAGAGUCAACAUGGUUGUAGAAGUUGAAAAAGACGUCUGCGUUCUCGCAAUAUUUGAAUACUGGUCAUGGGUUUCACCAGAUUGGAUAAUUGGUGAUCCUUUCAUACGACAAUACUGUAAUAUACACGACAUGAAAAAUGAGCGUAUCGGAUUUGCUCCGUCCCUGCAAGACUCUCCUUAG